AUGCUGCGGCUGGUGUCGUCCGCGCGGAGUCGCCUGCUGCGCGCGGGGGCCGUACGCGUUGCAGCAGUCGCCGUGGCGCCUAGAUCCCCUCGCGUAGCUGGGAGCAUCGACCCCUUCCAUCGCCCCUGCGAGUUGCUUCGCUUCUACUCCUCCUCGGAUGCGGAAGGUCAUGACAGACCACAGCGGAGGCCUCUGGUUGAAAACAAUUCAGUGGCGUGGCAGGAGGUGGUGAAGCCUUCGCUCUUCACGUUUCUCAAGCUCAAGACGCACUUGAUGGUGCCGGUCGCCUUCGUCGUCCCUCAUGGGGACGAGGCCUGGCCGAAAGCAGCACGGACGAGCUCCGAGUGGCCAGAGUACUUGUGGGACCAGUAUUUGGGCAACAAGGUGCAGAAUAUACGUCAACGGGGAGACUUCGUCGAGCAGGUGAGAGCGGACCAGGAAGAGCUAGAGCGACUGAAUUUCCGCUUCGGCUUGGCUCUAUCCGGUCGCAAGUGUCAAGAGAAAACGCUGCUGAACGUCAUUCCGGACAAGCGUCACUUGGAAGAGUUGGGGGUUGUGCGGAAUGAUCCUGAGUCGAAGUGGAAUGAGAGAAUCAUGCCAGCUUUUGAGACGUUUCACCGACUAAAUGGCCAUUGCCGGGUGCUCAGGUCCUUUGUGGUGCCAUCGAAUGAACGCUGGCCAACGCUGUCGUGGGGUCUGAAGCUCGGAAUAAUCGUUAAUGGCAUUCGCAGAGGCACUUACUCCACCCAGGUUUCACGUGACAGGGCUCGAUUGGUGGAGUUGGGUUUCGUAUGGGAUCCCUACGAAUUCGACUGGAGCGAGCGUAUCAUGCCAGCGCUGGAGACUUUUCAUCGACUGCACGGUCAUUACCGAGUGCCAGUUUCAUUUGUGGUGCCACUGGAUGAAAACUGGCCAAAACUGUCGUGGGGUUUGAACCUUGGAAGUGCUGUUAUGACUAUCCGCCAAGGCUCUUACUGCACCGAAGUCGCUCGUAGCAAGACUCACUUAGACGAGUUGGGUUUUGUGUGGGACGUCUAUAAAUCGGAGUGGAGAGAGCGCAUCUUGCCAGCUUUGAAGGCAUUUUAUCGAGUACACGGUCAUUGUCGAGUGCCGGCGGCUUUUGAGGUCCCGGCGGAGGCAGCUUGGCCCGAGAAGUUUCACGGCCUCGAGCUAGGCACUGCGGUACAUACAAUCCGCGGCGGCGCCUACUUUGACCAGAUUGCCCGAGAGAUGGACUUGUUGGAAGCAAUCGAGUUCGACUCGAGGACCCCAGUAACCAAGAAGUGGGAACAGCGUGUGGAGCCGAUGCUGGCCACGUUCGAGCAGCUGCACGGUCAUCGCGACGUGCCGCGCGACUUCGUGGUCCCGUCGCGCUCUCUGUGGGAAAAGAAGGAUUGGGGUAUCCAGCUGGGCAAGCUAGAGCAGAAGGAGCCCCUCCUUCGGUAG